CUCAGUUCAGGCACCAAGCAGAUAAGCCAACCUUGCUUACGUAACGAACUUAAGUGGGAAGUUUACCAUCUGCUCAGUCCCACUUCACAGGACUAGUUGUCACUCUCAGAUUCAUCAUGUCUGUGCACGCUGCACGUAGCCCGUUAUCUGCUGUAUUCUUGCUGCAUAUCGCGUUGGAGGCACCGCUGGCCCUCCAGGCGUUCUGGUCCCCACAGAGCCUUCCCUUUCUACAGAUGAACAACACCACGGUAGUCAUGUUAAAGUUGUAUUCCGCGUUGGUCACUGGAUCCUGCAUUACCGCUUUCCUGGCAUAUCCUUUACCAGAAUUUCUUCCCGGAAAGCGUGCACUCGCAAUAGGAUUCUGCGUUUACCACAGCGUAGUAUCAACCAUUCUGUUUCAGACUCCCAGGUUCAUUCCUCAUACCCUAGGCCCCUUCUUAGAGUCCGUGAAUCUUACACCUGAGGUUGUAUGGGGUACAUUUCACGGUCUGCUGGGACUUGGGAUGGUGGUGUGGUGGCAAGCAACGUUACAUUACGCAGGAGCAGUGAGAGGAGCCAUGCAGUAGGCUCUGACAUAGAAGGAAUAACUGUUUUCAUUUGUGUAAUACUUGGUCUGUCUGCCUGGGGAGACGACCAUUAACACUUAGUACUUAUAGUGCACUAUUAAAGAGCCAAGCGGAUAUGAUUGCAUGAGCGCC